AUGUGGAGUUUAUUACCGUUUUUAAGCCUCCUAGAAAUAUUAUCAGCUGAAAUAACAGCCCCAGGCAUCGAUAGAAUCAUGAGUGACGGUGUAACAAGUGUCGGUUAUAAUUUAGUGUAUGGAGACGAAGAUUUUCAGGUGUACAACGAGGUGGUGAAAAAUGAGGAGAAAAUGAACGCUUUGAAGAAUAGGUUCAAUUUAAACGAAGCGCUGCCCCCAUUGCCCGCUGGGGACGUGAAAUGCUUGAUGUCCGUUGACAGAUAUUGCUCGAAGAGUAUGCGUGAGAUGAAAAGUGUUUUAAUAGAGGCCCUAAAAGAUGACUGUGCGAAAUGCUCGAAAGAACAGAAGGAAAAUGCAGGGAGAGUGGUUGCCUCAAUGAUGGCGCAUGACCCUUCGGCUUGGAAAUUGUUCCUGACAAGGUACGAUGGUCUCCAGAAAGUUCAAAGGAUUCUUGGAUAG